AUGCGACAAGAAUACGAAUGGAGUCAAAUCGAGAAGCACUCCAGGCCCGAUGACCUCUAUCUUGUCAUCAACGGCAAGGUGUACGAUGUCACAACGUUCCAACAUGCACAUCCUGAUGGGUUCAUGCUGAGACAGGCAAGAGGGGGAGAGGACUUUCUUCUCGACCAGGGCGGCAAAGACGUCACCGAGCUAUUCAACGAUGCUGGCCAUAGCGACGAAGCAAGGGCAAUCCUAACGACGCUGCAGAUUGGAGUUGUCAAGGCCGAGGAAAACCAUGUGCAACAAACCUGGCCAACGUCCGGGUCAGUGUCGCCCCAAUCAGCGACGUUUUCGGGGGCGGCGGAACAGUUCUCGGAGACUACGUUGACGCCAACCGGUGAGCAGCCGCCGACGUCUGGGGCGUCUGGGGCGUCUGGGGUGUCUGGGGUGUCUGAGGUGUUAAUGCCCGACGCUGGCCCGGACGUCCCUGACGGCUUUGCCCUGCAAAGUGUCGACUUCGCCCUGGAGAGCUUCCAGGACGACUUCACUUCGUUUAUGGACAGUGUCCCGCUCCCGAAUCACAUAUUCUCGCCCACGCAUCAACCGCUGCCGGCCUUCUUCCCCGAUCUCGGCUUGCCCUGGGCCGUUAGCUACCCGGAAGCGGACCCGGGGUGGCCCAGUGAGCUUCGGAUGCAAGCACCUAAUACUGCGGAGGAGUCAGCUUCCGCGCUCUCUACAUACGGCUCACGCCUUCCGUCUCUGCAGCCGGAAAAUACACCCCCGGACCCGCAGAAUUCUUCUCGGGGUGCAGGCCGUGGGACCCAAGACCACCUUGUCGUCUCGGCCCAAGACCGGGACCGCCUCAUCCACGAACUCUCGUGUUUCUCCAGCUGCGUCCCGGAUGGCUUUGUCUUACCGUCCAAGCACGCGCUGUCGCGCUUCGUCGCUGCAUACUUCAAUGCCUUUCACGAGCAUUACCCUUUUCUGCAUGUGCCUACGCUGCGGAUGGGCUCGAUCAGUGUCGAGUUGUUCAUAGCCGUGGCUGCUGUCGGCGCACGCUACUCCCGCGAGCCAGAGGUGGGAGUCGAAUUAUUCCAUCUAGCCAAGGCUAUCGUCCUGGAACGUAUACGCCGUCGGCGAGCUGCAAGCUCCACCGACACCAACGCCGAAAUCGCAGUAGUGGGAGAAGACGGGGUAGGGAACUGGUCCAAAGGUCGGUGCGCUACCGUCGAGAUUCUGCAGACGCUACUGCUUCUGAUAGCCAUCGCGACGUGGUUCAAGCGACAGCCUGGCGUGUACGAAGCCCUCUCCAUCCGCAGCGUCCUCGACUCGCUGGUGCGUGAGGAUGACCUUGAGCGCGGGCGUGAACCCCGACCGGAUAGCUGGCGGGACUGGAUCAAGUACGAGUCGCUCAAGCGCAUCAAAUUGGUUGUCUUCUGCUUUUUUAACAUCCAUUCCAUCGUCUUUGACAUCCUGGCGAUGAUGCUCUCGAGCGAGCUCCAUCUCGACCUUCCCAGUUCUGAAAACGAAUGGAAAGCCGCCAACGAGAUGCUCUGGAGAGAAUCGUGCGACGUGUCCAGCCCGCCGCAGGAUUUUCAGGCUGCCUCGGAGCAGCUCUUCGCCCCCGCAGACACGCCGUCUCGCCCCAAUGCCUCUUCCGGAUUCUCUUCUCUAGGCGGAUACACCUUGAUCCAUGCCGUCAUCCAGCGCAUCUGGCUAGUGCGAAAUGCCGGGCUCACGUGCCAGCGGGGCCAGCAGCUCUCGCCAGAGAUGAUGAAAUCGUUUGAGCAGGCGCUCAAGGCCUGGUCGUCGAGCUGGGAGUGCAACCGCGAGUCCUCAAUGGACCCGCUUAGCCCCCACGGACCGCUAUCGUUCACCUCCACCGCCCUUCUGCGGAUGGCAUAUAUCCGGAUCAACAUGGAUUUGGGGCCGAUCCGCUCGCUGGGAACCUGGGAUCCGGGCUUGAUUGCUAAAUCGCUGGACGGGAGCCCCCCUGCCCAGCGAAGCUACAGGCUUACGCGCGCCGCGCUCCACUGCGCCCACGCGCUCAGCAUCCCCGUGAAGCUUGGGAUCAACUUUGUAGCCCAGACGCAGGUGGUGUACUGGUCCAACCAGCACGCCCUCUGCUCGUUGGAAUGUGCGGUGCUACUGGCCAAGUGGCUGGAAGCAGUCACUGUGCCAAGUCCGAGUCCUCCCUUGAACGCGACCGAAGAGCGGGUGCUUAACUUUGUGGCACAGCUGGUUGCGGAAACCAACUUCAGACGUGGACCCGACAAGAUAAUGCGGGAGAAAGCACUCCUAUCCUCGGAAGUGGUCCGACUUUGGGCCACGCUGUACAAGUCGGAGAGUGUGUGGGAGAUGGUGGAUCUGAUAGGUCUAUCAUUGAAUGCUUUUGCAGACCUGCUAGAAGAUCGCCAUAGGAAUCCACAACGGUCCUGAAAGACUAUG